UAUCUUAAACGGUUUUAAAUCGCUUUAUUCUAACCCAAAUUAAAACACAAUUGCAUAAUCUCAGGCGCUCAAACAGGGUCAUUAUUUUAGGCACUUCGAAGGCAUGUCAUCCGGUUCGCUGCCGAGUUCCGAUAACGAUAACGCGCACCAGAUUGGCCGGUGUGUACAAUACCCAAGAUUACCCAUUAAUUGCCGGACUAUAUUAAAGCCGCCACCACUCUGGAGUUAACCUUCAAUGGGGCCGAUUUGUUUGUUUGGUUUGGGGUGGUUUAAAAAUAGUUCACGCUACCGAACCCUGCACGUCGUCGCGCUUUACUUCGGCGACCUUGUAUCAACCGAGACAACAAAGCUUCCGGUCCCACCGGUACCACCUUUUCGGGCAAAUAGAUCAAAACAGCCCCCUCAACCCCCCUGGUGAAGGCACGUGUGUGCGUGCGUUACCAGAAAUUGACCUCGUGCGCGUUGUAAACAUUCGCAGCAAACGAAACGUUGUAAAUGGAAAUUAUUGCGUACGCUAUUUAAGACGAACGCAUGGCGCAAUAUACUGUCUGUUUGCGUGUAUGUGUCUGACUGUGUAACGAUAUAUCACGCAUUGCUGCUUACUACAGCUGAAGCGAAAUAUUAGAGACACAUGAAACUGUUUGCUCUCUUUCGUCGAAUUCCGUUAAGGCCACACUUGUCGCAACAAAGAUUAUCGAUUCAUUGACAUUGUGAACGUGUGUGUGUGUGUGUGAGUGAUUGUGUUUCAAAAUUGAUACAAAAUCAUAAAGUCAAAUGAACACGCUUCGGGCGGCUUACGAUCGACCCUACAAACGGUUGUUCGUGUGUAUGCGUGUGCGUUCGUAGUGCUUCUGUUUGUUUACAAACGUUGCCAUGUUGUUUGCCGUUCGCCGAUGGAAUCCCCUCCGGUUACUUACUCCCGGUUUCCGGAUAAUGCUCCGAUCAAUGCAUUCCACCCUGGGUACUGGGUUGUACGUGCCUGGGAGCAUAAAAAAAGCAACAACAACGUACCGAUGGGCUUAUCGAACGGUUUCUUCCAGAACAGGUUCGCUCUGCUAGUGAAGGAAAUGUAUGAGCAAAAGUCACUUCUAAAACUUCAUCUUUAACAGGUUCUUCCGCAACAUGCAGUGGAUGCUCACCACACUCGCUCGACACGCGUACGUUUGCCCGGUCCGACCCGACGGGGGUGGAGAGGGGGCUAGAAUUAUCGUUCCCGAUAAACAAACGCGGGCAAUAAAUAGUAAUUAAAAUUAAUUUACUUGUUUUCGGAUGGCAGCAGUGGCGGCGGCGGCGACGGCAUAAUGCCCGCCUUACCGUGGCGUUGCGCUAGUUUAAAGGGGUUGAGCGUAACUAGCUCACACAAGAUCUCUCUCUCUCUCUUACUCCCUCACCUUCUCUCUAUCUGUCUAUUUGACACCCCCCUCGGUUCGCGGGGUACGUGCCAAAGGCAAACGAGGAGAAUGGAGAAUGGGUCGGUUUUGUAUAAUUCAGCAACACGAUGCAUGCGAACACACACAGUGGGGCGAACAGGCGAGCAGCAUGCGUCCGCUCAAUGUCCCCAAGAUGCGUCAUGUUUCGUCGUGGCUUCCCACCGCUUCUUCGAACGGCGCACUGUGUCUUGUCCUGUGGAAUGUGAACUAUCAACACGAGAACCACCCGCACCCGGUGGUACACAGCUUCGCACUGGAUGCACUGGCCGGCUGGCUGGCUGACUGGCUGGUUGGCUCGAUUUAAUUAAAAGUUAUCGUUCUCAUGUUCCGUCGCGGUACCGUGCUAUGUGUGCCGUGUUGUUGGCCAAACCAUCGGUACCGGCUGUCCGGCGUGCCAUAUUGCUGCUGGUAGCCCAUCGCCUAACGGCAAUGGCAUCGUGGAACGGGCAACACGAAGUUGUCGCCUCAUGCUCCCCGCCCCUCCGGGCGCUGAUGGGAAUAUAAUUGCCUACUGACCACUUUACGACCGUUCCGGGACUUGGAGUGUGAGAUGGGUGGGGUGAGUCUUUUUUUCUUAUUUCUUUUUUUCUUGCUACCGUUGCCGUUUUCGUGGACGUUUUGCUUCCGAUAACGAUCAAGCUGCUGGAGCUUAUGGGGCACUUUUUUUUUCUUUCCGCGCGUCAAAGGUGUGCCCAGGGAGGACGAACGAUUGGAAUAAGGCGUGAAAUAUAACACUUUGUUGUACCGUGGCACACACUCGUGUGUCGGGCCAAUGCAGCGACAUUGUCGGGGGGCAAAAUCUUUCACCGUACGACCGGAAGCACUUAAGAAGACAAAUUAAUGAUUUUCCAGCCAAUAGUUUCACACCGCUCCAUCGCGUCGAACCGGUUUUGCAGUCGGUUCUAAACCCCCAAACGCUUUAGCUUUAUCUUGCCCAACGUCUUGUCUUGGGCGCUGUCAAACGUCUUCCAAUCUGUGUCCGCGCAUUUACAAAUUGUUGUUGCUUAUCAAACCGCGUUGUCGAACUACGCCGGCUGCCUAACAAACAGCUGUUGGGGGCCCCUUGUGCGCACCAACGCUCACUAACGUCUUCGAACGGCCGACACGCUCAACAUGCUUAUCACAGUGCUUGUUGGGGUGGGGUGGCACAAAGCAAAGUGAAAAAAAACAAAAAAAAAACGAUUCCACCAACAACAUACAGCAACAACCGGCUUUGGUGAUAAUGGUACCAGCGGCUCGUACCCUCGUACAGUCGGUGUGCAUUUGGCAGUGGACGAGAUUUUCAGUCGAUUCUGUUCACGUGUGGCGUUCGCAUUCGAUAUACGAUGAUGGUGGUAAUUAUCGGACCAACAGCAGCUUAAAGUGAUUUAGCGUAAAAUAAAGCAAACGUUCCUACGUGUUUAAAGUUCUAGCCUGUUUAGUGCAGUGUUUGUGUGUGUUAUAGUGUGUGUGUGUGUGUAAGUGCCCGUGUUGGUGUAUCCAUUUCCAUUUCGACCUAGCGUAACAAGCAACCGAGGGCAAGAUGAGCAGUGCCCAGGAUCGCCGAGCUUCGUUUGCCCGUCGUGCCGAAAGUUUAAUGGAGAAGCGCUAUGCAGUUAAUACGGAGAAGAGCGGUGAAAUCAUCGUCACAGUGCAGGGCGAUCUUUCACAACAGGAAAAGCGAGCCGUCUUCCUAACCGUGCACGAUCUGGGAACAAACCAUUCAUCGUUCGAGGAGUUCGUCAACAGUGCGUGCAUGAUUGAAAUCAAAGAACGGUCGUGCUUUAUUCACAUCGAUGUACCCGGCCAUGCGGAUAAUGCGCCCAAUUUGGCCGACUCCUUCCAGUUCCCAUCGCUGCAGCUGCUGGGCGAAGAGUUGGUCACGGUGCUCGACUUCCUGCACGUAAAGUACGUGAUCGGUGUUGGCGAGGGUGCGGGCGCUAACGUGCUGGCCCGGUUCGGACUCGCCCAUCCUUCCCGCUGCCUGGGGCUGAUUCUGAUCAACGUUACCGGUUCGGCCGCGUCCGUGCUGGACGUGUUCAAGACGAAAUUUAUCUCGUGGAAGGGUGACGAAGUGGGCCAGUCGGCCGAGGACUUUCUGCUGUAUCACAAGUUUGGCUACCAACUGGUGGGCGACAACCCGGACAAGGAGAAGAUUGUGUCCGAGUUCCAGAGCCGUCUGCACAGUUCGCUGAACAGCAAAAAUCUAAAGCAAUACGUUAAAGCAUUUAUGUCGCGCAAAGAUUUGCCCCUGAAGAAUUGCAAGGUCGAUUGUCUGCUGAUUACCGGCAUCAUGAGCCCGUACGCCAGCGUUGUCGAGAAGCUGUACAAGGAUCUGAACAAGGAGAAGGUUACGCUGCUGAAGGUGGAACGUGCUGGUGACGUGUUGGCGGACGCUCCUGCCAAGGUGGCCCAGUCCAUUCUGCUGUUCUGCAAGGGCCAGGGCCUGCUGACGUCGGUCGCUAUGCCCGGUGUCGACCGGAACCGUGCGUUCUCGACCAGCUCCAGCGGCUCGACCGAAGGAUCGACGGGCGCACGGCGCCUGUCCCGUGGCAUGUCCAUGGAGGACUACGACAAGCCCAACAUCCGGCGGCUCAGCGUCACGAUCAACGAACAGCUGCCCCCGAUCAAGAAAUAGAACGAUCUGUGCCGGUCGGGUAACAACGGGCCGGAAUUCGACGAGGAAGUGCCGGACGAAGCGGAGGAACAGUAAGGGCGCAGGUUUUGUUUCCCCUCCCGCUGGCAAAGCUUCCCAAUUUGUUCGAUGAUGUUUCUCGACUGCGACCGUUUCGCAGUAAGUGGUUUAGAGAGAUAAAGAGAAAACAGAGCGAGAGAGAGAGAGAGUAUGUUUAUCCCGAUGAUAGGUGGAAAAUGAUAUCCAAUUUCGCUGAACGUUCGAAUUUGCAACAUACAAGAAAUCAGAAACAAAACCACCAUUUAAAGAAAAAAAACAUAAACAAAACCAACGUCAAACGAUAUCUACUUCCUUGCAUAUAUCUAGCGUAGUGAACGAUGUAUUCAAGUAUAGCAACAUUUAGCGCAUGAACAAGCACGUACUGUUAACUCGUGGGAAAUAUUUUUAUCUAAAUGUAGAGCCACAGAAUAGGCAAAAUAAAAACAAAACAAAACCAAAACGAAACCUUUGUAACCUCAAACACUGAACACUAAAAGCGUUUUUAACGAAUCGGCUCCCAAACAAACUCUCUGACUGUUGCUUUACUACAGACCGAGGGUACGUGUGCACCAUCAUCAAAUUGGUUGCUCUUGUUGCACAAUUUCCACCAAAACAAACAUUGUCUUGCCGGAAGGGCUUUCAGGACCGGGCAGCCGAAUGGGAGUCACUUUGAGCAUGGCGUUCACAUCACGUCAUUUCGCUCCCAAACUUCUCGGCGAAGCUGAGCGAAUUCAGAUUUUGUAUGAGGGCACUACUGCUGCCACUACCAUUGCUGCUUCUAUUUGAUAGCGAGAUAUAUUCGAUAGGGUAUCGAUCGAUUUGUAUGAUUUCUAGAGAGCCUAUAUAUAUACACACAAACCCCUUACAAACUCCUCACUGAUAUACAGCAGGCGUAUACACUCACACACAACUAUUUAAAAAUUAGCCAGCUCUGGUGGGGAAGAUGGCUGAACAGGUGGAAUGAAGCAACGUAUAAUUAACUCGUAAAACAUAUAUACAUGUAGCAAGUAGAGCGAUGGAGCAGCACCGUUUUCAUAAUCAUAAUUGAAAGAAAAGUCUUCAGCAGAGAAGCAACAAAGUACGAGAACAACUCAUUAAAACUAUACACAAAAAGUAUAUACAAAAAGCCUAUAUACCUAUAUUUUGUCUCUUUUUACCCUGAACCAAAUACGAUGGCGAGAAGGAGGCGGAGAGGAAGCCAAGAGUGGCCAACAUUUAACCACACAUAACAAAGACAGCAAAACGAAGCUUGGAAAAGGAGGGGGCUAGUGCGUGUAAGUCUUUCUAAGUAUUCUUUUACUGUGUUGAAAGUGAAAAAGGAAGCAAACGGAAAAGAAUGAAAGUGGAAAAAGGUAACAAAAAAAAAGAUUGCAAACAAACAGAACACAUUGAUUAACAAGCCAAUAUAAACUAAAUAUGCCAACAGAACUAGAUGAAGCUAAUAAAAAAAGAAGAAAAAAAAACAAACGAAAUCGUUAAAAAUGCAAACAUUGGAGACCUUGACCUUUAACAGGUAGGAAAAGAAUACACAAAAAAACUGCAUCGGAAAAUGCUAAUUUACGCGCAUUAGCCAGUCUUCUCCUAGAGGGAGCCAUUGUCUAGCGUUGAGCGUUUAGGCUUUCGUUGCACGUGCGCAAUAGCCGCUUUGAUCGUCUAGUUGCGUAUUGUGAUCAUUAGGCAGGCUACCGAGCUGAGGAGCUAGGCACAAACAGCAUGUGUUCUAUUGGUUUUUUAGUUUUAAUCAAUCAGGUUGAUGCGCGCCAUGCGUCACUUGCUCCGAAAGGCAAGGAGGCAAAUAAGGAGGCUACCUUUGGGCGAAAAGCGUUGCGAAACUUCUGCACCGUGGACCGGUACUGGAUGCCGCCCUUGGUUAACAUGUGUAGAAGCUGCAACAAUUAGAAAGCCGACCGGAGCGGUUGAAUGAAAGAUGGUCGCAAAUUAUUGGUAGAGGAUGUGUAGUCCUCCACAAAAAAAGGAAGAAAAAGAAAACAAAAAACAACCGCCAUUUGCAUCUUAUAACUAAUACCACCAUUAAUCAUGGGAAACGAUUAUAAAUGCGUGCGCGUCAGAACGCCCAAACACGCCCUCUAAACGCAAAUAUUAGUACAUAUAUCUUACUUAGAGAAUAUAGUUGACGAAAACCGUG